AGCACCGGAGCGAGCGGCACUCGCAUUCGUUCUCGCGCCCGCGCCUGUUCCUACCGCUGCCGCCGUCGUCGCUCGCACUGGUCGCUCCGACUCUACGUGCCCAAGUUGAAUCCGCGGCGACGUGGUGUCGAGCGGGAAAUCUCGUGACCUCGUGGAUCUCGGUGACCGCCCAAUUUGGACUCCGGGCUUAACCUCGCGCGCGUGCGAGACGGCACCUCGGGCGGCGAGCCGCUCGCACACGGUCGCUAUGACAAAGGGUGGCAUCACUGGGGGACGUGUUGGAGGCACGGAUGGUGCAGCGCUCAGUGAUAUGACGCCAUUUUACUAACCUUUUCGUCGCGUUACCAGUACCUACCUACCCGUCGCUCGGGGUACGCCGCUGAAACGCCUCUCGUGCCGCACGCCACGCGGCCGAUCUCAUCGUCGCACGGACUACGCUGGACGCCCUGAUCCGCGCUUUGCGAAAGUAGAAACGCUGUAACAGUUUGCACUAUUAUGGAAGAUGAGGAUGGAGAAAGUAAAGUUCUAGAUAUGUGGAACAUUCUGGAGGAGCAGCGACUCCAAGAUUCUGCAUUGGGCAACUCAUUGAAACAUUCCAUCGACGACGUGUACGCUGAUGUGAUCGAGGAGGAGAAACAGUCGAUGCGCUACAACUCGCUCAUUGCGAGCGACUCGCCAGCCAAAAGUGUCGUCGCGGGGCCAAGAUUCACAUUCAAGGACUUCAGGAAGCGCAUCUUGGCCGAGACGCGGGAGAUCCCCGCCACCGCCACCGCGCCGAGGAACAGCACGCCGCCGGAGCCGCGGCGACCGACGCGUCCCAAUGCGAGGACAACAACCGGCAAGGACAAGGUCGUGGAGAGGAAGCGGAAGCGCAAGAUAACGGAAUACGCUCAAUACCUCGGUCUCCGACCGUCCACGAGGUACAAGUGCUCCAAGUGUCACGCGUGGUCCAGCUCCAGUCCCAACGCGAGGCAGAACUCGUGCGCUUGUAAUCCUAGCAUGACGCCGAUGCCGAGUACCUCCGAGUCGAGUGCCCCGGUGCCGCACGCGAGCAACUUCAAGAUCACGCGGAAGGUCUAUCUGUGCUCGGCGUGUGGCACGUAUUUCGAAAACUGGAAUCUGUUCCUGCACAUGAGGGACAUACACAAGCGUCACAUAUGCCUCUACUGCCUGGGCAUGUUCGGCCAGGCGGAGAGGCUGUCGUACCAUCUGAUGAAGAAGCACAGCGUGCCGGAGAUGGCGUUCUCGUCGGUGGAGGAUUUCUACAACGCCUUCAAGGGCUCGUGCUAUCUGAUCUGUUGCAGCUGCGAGAAGGUGUUCUCCGAGACCGACGACUUCUUCAGCCACUUCUGCUCCCCGGUGUUGGAGCAGGAGCCGACCGUCACCGUCGCGUCAAUGUGCACUAUAUGCAGGCAGACCGGCACACACGCGAGUACCUGUAAUUACACGCUGUCGUCGGACACGGAUAAGGAAUUGUCUAGCACGUCGACGCCGCUGCCGGUCGCUGCCGACGCGACGUAUGCGGACAAUGCGUCACCGGCGGCGACCGUUCCCCCGUCGGAGAUAGCUACGAAUCUCGGGGGUAAAGGGCUACCGAGAAAAACGAUGAAGUACAACAGGAGGAAACGGGGAAGAGACGACGUGCAAAAUUCACGCCAACAAAAAUCGGACGCGCUCGCGAGGAAGCUCGGCGCGAAAGUGACGCAGUGUAAUGAGAAUCAGUUCGAUUGUGAUCUCGACGUCCAAAGAGAAGUUGCAAAUAGCAUACCCCGGGACACAGUCACCGAGACGAUAAUGGAGGUGUCCAGGUACACGGGCGGCAAUUCGUCUGACGAGAACGACGAGAACGAUGAGCAGGCGGUGAAUAAAGACGUGUACAACAAUCGUGAUAGAGGCUCGGGAGGAAAGUCGCCGGUUCAGAAUUGCCAGCUCGGUUUCAGUGAGCCUUACGACAGUGUGACUGAGACCAUCAUGGAGGUAUCACGCUAUAUCGGUGAAGAAGAUAAAAAUGAGAGAGAAGACACAACUUAUAUCCCAAAUAUGCGUGCGUCGCAGGAAAAAAUAAAUACUGAAGACGAGGAAACGUGCGACAGAAGCGACAUUGAUCCGUCACACUCGGCCAGUUCGAGAGCACCUAGUCCGGCACAGUGGGAUGCCGAGGAGAUCGCGACAGCGGAUGCAAAAGCGAACGCUACCUGCGAGACUGGAGCCAAAUACGACAGUUCGCGGGACGCGCGAAGCUGCAGUCCUCUCAACCGUUCAUUGUUCAGUCCGCAACACGAAUCGCACAUAUCGGAUCCGCAAUCCAAAGAGAGAGAAAGUCUCGAGGAUGUCGACAAGAGGAAGGUGGAGAAGCCUGUCGCGACGGCCGCCACUGAAUCUCAAGCAUCGGUCUCGUUUAACGCCGUUGCCUCUUCCGACAGGAGUUUGGUCAUCAAGAUUUGCAACAGGAACUCGCAGUUCAGCGUCGCGACGACCACCGUCACGAGCAGGGAAUCCGAGGAGAACAACAACGCCGAGGGGUCGACGUCGAAGGAGAGAAUGGCGAACGGUUCGGAGAUGGGGAGGGACAGCAUGGGCGACGAUCAGGCGAACGAACUGGACGAUAGUGAUUCCGACAGCGAUAAAUUGGCGGUAGUAGACAGCAAUCCGGAAGAAGACGAGGAAGCGGAAGACGUUGAGGAGGGCGAGGAGGCUGACGAGACUGAAGACAGGCACGACGACGCGGGUGACGAGGGCCAGAGGAACCGGGAGGAAAACGACGAGACUAAAACUGAGACAUACGCCGACGGGUUAUUCUCUGUCGCGGAAACGAUGCCGAUUGUUAACACCAACGAGACAUCCGACGAUAACGCGAUUGCUGCGAACGAGCAAACGAACAGUCACACGAUCGACAACGGUGGCAUUGUAUUGGCCGGUGAGGAUGUCCCGUGCAUCGACCUGAACGUCGAGGGCACUCUGGACAGCAUGGAGCUGGAGGAGCUGCUGAAGUGUUGCAUAGAGGCAGCCAGUCCCACCUGCGUGUACUGCAAUCACGCGCGGUACAUCGCCGUCAACGGCAGACAGCUGGGCCUGCACAUGCUGGCGGAGCACAAGUUUCAGCCGCAGCACCCCGCGAUAAUCAUACACGCGGAGCAGUUCACGGCGCGGGUGAAGAGGUCCCUCGACGAACUCGAGUCUCGUUACUUCAACCUGAACACGUAUAACAGCGCAGACGGCACGUACAACGUGCCGAACGUGUUGAUCUACGAGUGUUUUCACUGCCGAUUUCACUCGACAGUGCACAAGGAACUGUAUUUGCACAACCGAAAGAUGCACCAGAAGACCAUAUUGAUCUGCAUAAUGUGCAAAUCGACAUUCUACAGUUACAGCGAGUUGGUGUGCCAUCUGUGUCCCGGUGUCUACUCGCCGAAUGUCAAUCUGCGGUAUCGAUGCUGCCUCUGCUCGGUGCCGAGUCUCCCGUCGGCGUUCCGACUGAUGGUUCACGUGCGCAAACGUCACCAUGCCUGCGACGUCUGUCUGGAAUCUACGGGCAAUCAGCAGCGUCUCUCGAAUCACGUGUGGAAGCACAAGCUACAUCAUUUGUGUUACAGAUGCGGCAUCGCGUACCGCAACAAGCCGGACAUCACGAAACAUCUGUUCUGGAAGCACGGCACGGAGAGCGUACUGUGCCGAAAAUGCCUGCAGAAGAAGUGGCCGCACAUAUAUCACUUCUGCAUACCGCCCACGGCGUUCGUCUGCGAGGAGUGCGGCUCGAGCUUCGGACGGGCGGUUGCGCUCAAGGUGCACAAGAGGUUGCACUCCGGCGAUUUGCCGUACGGCUGCGACGAGUGCGAGCAGCGCUUCAUAUCGCGGAAGCUCCUGGCCAAGCACCAAGCGACCCACAGAGAGCCCGAACCGGAGAACGUUCUCGUAAUGGAUGUGGUCAACGCUCCGCUGACAGAUAAGGACGAAACGGGACAGGACGUGUCCGUGGCGGCAACCGACGGGGAACCGGCGACGGGAGUCGAAACCACGUCGAAGAACGUCAAAGAGGCUGUGAAAAGAGUGGUCGACGUUUACGAUCUGCCGCCGCUCAAUCUGUCAUCCGAAAGCGACACGGAUAGCGAGGAGGAGAAGCUUACUCCCACGGAGAAACCAUCGGAGAAGGAGAAUAUCGACGAGGACGCGGCGAAGAAGGACGAAAUCACCGAGACAGCCGUCGCCGAUGACGAUGACGUUGCCGCGGUAAGCAACGAUAUAGUCGAGGUGGAGCGGAACGAGGAGGAGAAAAAGCAGGAAGCACGCAUUAUGGACGGCAUUUGGGAUAACUUCAAGACGUAUGCUGCCAGUCUGGACGUGGAGGAAUCUGCCAAGAAUGUCGCGUUGAAAGAGAGCGUACCUGAGACCGACGCCGCAUAUUUGAGGAGUAUCGUCUUUUCUGAUCACGAUUAUUGCGUGGUCUAUGCAUCCGAUAAAGAGAAAAACGAGGAUCAAGCUGUUUCCAAGGAGAGUGACGCGAAGGUGAACGAAACCAAAUCGGGAAGAAGUCCGUCGCCCGGUACUCCGAGUCGCAAUACUGGCUGCGACAGCGACGCGAACAAACGGAAGACGAAGACCCCCAAGAAGAAGAAGCGUAGCGGCAGCACGUCGUCCACGAGCGACUCCUCGAGCGACACCGACUCGAGCAGUUGCUCGUGUGGCACCAACUGCAGCUGCAGCAGCUCAUCGUCCGGCAGCUCCUCCAGUUCUAGCAGCAGCUCCGAUUCCGACAGCUCCGCGUCCGAGAGUUCACCCAGGAAGCAAUCCAGCAGUCGUAAGGACCGGAAUAAGAAGGAACGGGAAGCUGCGCGGGAAAACAAAUCGCAGUCCGUUGAGCCGGAGACUAAGCCGGAGGACAAGCCGGAGAUCGCGAUGGAGAACGGCCCUACGGUCCCCGAGGUGGUAACGAGCGAACCUUCUCCGGAGAAGCUGCUCUUACGGGAAUCCGACUUGGAGACGGAGGAAACCGAGACCGACGAGGACUUCUACGACGAGUAUCCGCAGUUACUCGCUAACAAGUUACUGGCGGAGAAGCGUAAUCAAUUGAUGCUGUUGGCUACUGUAGCGCCGGCAUCGACGCCGACCUCGACGCCAACCUCGACGCCGACCUCGAUGUUGAUGCCGUCGAUGGAGCAACCAUCGAUGCCGCUGAACAACGGCAGUCUGGUCGCGGAAACGGCAUUGCCGGGUCCGAUCACGAUGACCAUCGAGAAUCAGCAACAGCGGCCGCAACAGCAGCAGAAGAGGAAGGCGAAGACGAAGAAACGACGAAAGGGCGAGAGGAGCGGUAAGCGUAAUGCGAUAGCAACAGCCACCGUGGAAUCGAUCAAACUGAACAUUCCCAAGGCACUUUACCAGAAGAAUCCGGGAUUCGUCGCGUCGUCGCAGCCUGCGACGCUGGCUGCGACGUUGCAUCCCAACAGCAGGUCCUCCACGCCAAACCAAUUGCUCGCUGCAGCGUGCAACGACUUUCACAGCAGCGGCAACGCUGCGAGCAUGGCGAUAGAGAUGCAGCCACAGCAGCAAGCGUCAUCGGCCGCCGCUGUCGUCGGCGUGCCGAGUCAGAACGUCGGUGGCAACAGCGGCACGGAGACGGAGAACAAGAGAGUCUCGAAGAGGAAACGCGUGCCGAAACGCUUCUACGGCGACUCGAGCGACGACGAGCCGCAGGAAAAGUCGUUCGGCCGAUGGCGAAAAAACGAGCCGAACAUCUGCACGGCCAGCACUACCAUCACCACCACCAUCACCACCACGAUGCAGGUUUUCACGCCGCUGCCGCCAGCGACGACGAUGACACCGCCGAAUCCGAAACCGCUGGUGUCGAGAUUAUCCUUGAGCGGGAAGACUAUCGUACAGACGUAUGAUAACAGGCCCACACAGGUUGACCAGGCAGCGAUCCAGCAGCAAGCGACUCUACCCGAGGCAUCGCCAAUCGCGGCGGCGCCGACGUCCGCCACCGAGUCCGAGGGUCCCGCGGACAGCAGCAGCGACAGCAGCGAGUCCGACACGGAGAAUACCGUAAGUCAGCCGACGAUCAACCCGACGAUCGUGCCGCCGGUUGGCGCGUCGAGCGCGGAGCGACCCGGCAAGAUCUACUGUUACUGCCGAUGCCCGUAUGACGAGGUGUCGGAGAUGAUAGCCUGCGACGGUGACGACUGCCGCAUCGAGUGGUUCCAUUUCGAAUGCGUCGGUAUAAUGGUGCCGCCCAAGGGCAAGUGGUAUUGCCCGGACUGCAGGAAGAAGCACGGGAUCGUGCAGAAUGACGAGUACUGCGAUUGAUAGUUGCCGCGCGGAACGACAACGGCGUGUUAUUACCAAAUUCGAGCGAUCGAAUUCGUUGCUUUUUAGGUAUAAAUGCUAGAAUUUUCCUCCUUUCUUUUUCACGAGCGUAACGAAAAGAAAAAAAAAAUUGCUACACUGUUCCACGUUGAUAUUUUUCUUAAGCCGAUACACAGAGUGUUUGUACAUAACUAUGUAAAUACGUCUUAGAAUUAUAAGAAUGAAAUGAG